AUGGAAGACCAGAAAAACAGCUAUGAGCAGAAGGCCAAGGAGACACUGCAGAAAGUGCUGGAGGAGAAAAUGAGUGCAGAACAGCAACUGCAGAGCAAACAGCGGUCCCUGGCUCUGGCCGAGCAGAAGUGUGAAGAGUGGAAGAGCCAGUACGAGGCUCUGAAGGAGGACUGGAGGACCCUGGGGACCCAGCACAGGGAGCUGGAGAGCCAGCUCCACGUGCUUCAGUCCAAACUGCAGGGAGCAGACAGUAGAGACUUACAGAUGAACCAGGCCCUACGGCUUCUGGAGAAUGAGUGCCAGGAGCUGCAGGCCAAGACUGAACACCUGCAGGGGGACAGAGACCUGUGCAGCUCGGAUACCCAGCACCUACAAGAUCAACUAAAGAGCUCAGAGGAGGAGAAACUUGCCCUGGUGACCAAAGUACAGCAGUUGCAGAAUCAAGCUUUGCCUGGGUGGAGUCCAAAGCCCUCCCAUAACGAAGUGGAGCCUGAGGGUCCAGGGAAGAAGGACUGGAAUUUCAGAGACCAGCUCCAAAAGAAAACUUUGCAGCCCCUGGCCAAGGAAAAGGAGGCAAUGUGGCCGAAGUUCCUGAUGCUGAUGGCACUGAUGGCUAUAGCGGUGGCAGUGUUCCUGGCCAAUAAGGACUUCCUGAAGUUCUGA